AAAUUAUUUUCCAGUAGUCUCUUACUUGCUUUGUACUCCCAAAUCUCGCCUACAAAUCUCUCUCCUCCGCCGCUUUUCUCCGCCGGAAUUUCGCGACCGUUACAAUUCCGACCCUCUCUCCCAUCUCUCUUUCAUUAUCUCUACCAUCUCUCUCUUUCAUUAUCUCUCCCAUCUCUCUCCCCCUCUCUCUCCUUGCAUAAAUACCAAUUACGUGUAAUUGGUUCAGUUCUCUCUCUUUACAUUUACACAUAUGAUUGUGUUGUAUUGUGGAGAAAUUAGGCUUUAAAUCGAGGAAUCAGAGGAAGAGAUGUGAGAUAUGAUGGUAGGUACAGUGACGACGCCUAGCCGGAAGGUUAAUUCGAAGAUUCCGGCGCCGCAGAACCCUAAGAGGCCGCCGUUACUACCGUCGGAGGCCGAUAACAAUGGAGUUCGCCGGCCGAAAUCGCGAGAAGUGUCGUCUAGGUAUCUCUCAUCUGUUUCAUCUUCUAGUACUACUACUACAUCUACUACGUCGUCGUCUAAUUCCUCGUAUUCGUCUUCGUAUUCGACAAAUUCGACGCCGCGGCGAUUUCCAUCGCCGAUGGCGCCGAGGAAUGUGAUGGCGACUCCGAGGUCGCAGUCGGUUGAGAGAGUGAGGCGAGUACCGACGCCGAGGCCUGUGACGCCUGGUGGAGAGAUUUCGCAGGCGGCGAAGAUGCUGGUGAAUUCGAAACGGAGCUUGUCGGUGUCAUUUCAAGGUGAUUCGGCUUUGAGAAGUGUUAGUAAGGUGAAGGAAAGUCCGGUGAUGGGGAAUUUGAGUAGUGUGAGGAAAGGUACUCCGGAGAGGAGGAAGGUUGUGCCUACACCUGCGAGGGAUCAGAGGGAGAAGCAGAGGUGGCCGGGGAGGCUGACGAAUGAGAAUAUGCUGAGUAGGAGUGUGGAUUUUACGAGUGAGAGGGCGAAAUUGGGUGGAUCUGGUAGUGGAAGUGUUGUUAGGGCUUUGCAGAAAUCAAUGGCAGAUGACAGGUUUAGUAAAAUUAGUGCGGAAUCGAAAUUGAAACAUUUGCGAAUGGGUGAGAGUGUUGAUCUAGGCAGUAGUAGAUCAACUGAGGAGGUGGGUGAUCAUAGUGUAUCGGAUGGUUUGAGUGUGUCUUCAGGAAAUGAGAGUGUGCAGGAAUGUGAGAAAAGAGGGCAAAGCGGGAUAGUGGUACCUGCUAGGGUAUGGCAGGAGACUGCUAGCCGUAUCAGGCGGUUGCCUGAUCAGCCAGGUUCCCCUGCAGGCAAGAAUUCAGGAUUGAGGACUGUGGGUUUGAUACCUCCCAUGCCUCCUAAGUUACAUGGAACAAAGAAACUUAUGAUUGAUAGUCCAUCAUCAUCACCUAGAGGAGUAUCUGCUAGCAGGGGAUUAUCAUCUCCCUCUCGAGGGGCUGUCAGGCCUGCUUCCCCGAGCAGAAAUGUGGCCAGGCCUGCUUCCCCGAGCAGAAAUGUGGCCAGGCCUGCUUCCCCGAGCAGAAAUGUGGCCAGGCCUGCUUCCCCGAGCAGAAAUGUGGCCAGGCCUGCUUCCCCAAGCAGAAAUGUGGCAUCUUCUAACUCAUCUCCAAUGAGGGGGACAAGUCCAUCUCGAGUAAGGAAUGGUGUAGGAAGCACAACGUUGACUAGUAACUUGAGCUCGACCUCCUCAAUUCUGAGCUUUGCUGCUGAUGCACGAAGAGGGAAGGUGGGUGAAAAUCGUAUAGUUGAUGCACACCAGUUAAGGCUCCUAUACAACCAGCAACUACAGUGGCGGUAUGCAAAUGCUAGAGCUGAGGCUGCCAUGGGGGUCAAGAAAGGAUUAGCUGAGAAAAGCCUGUAUAAUGCGUGGUUGACAAUUGCUAGACUGCGGAAUUCUGUCAAAUCCAAAAGAAAUGAGUUACAACUGCUAAGGCAAAAUCUGAAAACACAGUCCAUCCUCAAGGGACAAAUGCUAUGUUUGGAGAACUGGGAUCUUACGGAGAAGGAUCAUACUAGUUCCCUCUGUGGGGCUAUCGAGGCUCUAGAGUCCAGUACUCUCCGCCUUCCCCUUGUUGGUGGCGCAAAGGCAGAUAUUCACAAUUUGGAAGAUGCUAUCUGUUCAGCAGUUGAUGUAAUGCAAGGGAUGGCAUCUUCAGUCUGCAACUUACAAACAAAGGUCGAACAUGUUAACUUGUUGGCGUCGGAACUCGCGAGUAUAACCUCAGAGGAGCGUGCUUCACUCGAUCAGUGUAGAGAUUUGUUGUCUACAUUGACAGCCAUGCAGGUGAAAGAUUGCAGCCUGAGAACACACGUACUACAACUGAAAGGAGCUCCCUAAACCCUUACUGAAGAGAUGUAACGACUACUUACUUGAAAUUCUAACAUCACAUCAGAUUUCUUUAUUUCCCGAGCCACUGAAUCAACAACAGCCAAAAUAUCGACGUCAAAUAGUUUCAGAUUUUUGGUAGUUUCUUACUAAUUGCUGCUGGAUCAAAAAGGCAAGGGUCUUAUACAGUAAGUACUUUGUAAUCAUAGAUGGUAGGAAACCUGUCUUGUGAUUAUGUAUCAGAUUGCACAAGAGUGUGCUUCACAGGUUACAAAAAAUGUGUAUAUAUAUCUGUAUGUUCGGAAUUUGAGCCCUAAUGUUAUUCGCCGAGGUCUAAAUUGGUCUCCUCUCGUCA